AUGGUGAGUUCCGUGGGCCAUCUUGCCUCGUCUCCUCUUGCCAUCGACCUACUCAACCCCACGCCCGAGCACGAGAAGCGCAGCCACAAGCUGAAGCGGCUUGUGCAGUCCCCAAAUUCCUACUUCAUGGAUGUGAAGUGCCCUGGCUGCUUCGCUAUCACGACUGUCUUCUCGCACGCGCAGACCGUUGUCCUCUGCGCUGCAUGCGGCAGCGUUCUCUGCCAGCCCACCGGUGGUAAGGCAAGACUGACGGAGGGGAGCUCGUACCGCCGGAAGAACUGA